AUGAAGGCUCUUGGGACAAGAGGAAAAUGCAGAAAUUUUGCUGGCGAUGAAAGAUUAUUCUUAGUAGCAUGACUAAACGACGAUUAACUAUAAUAAGGUAAAAUAAUAGCUAUUUAAAUCCAAAAAGUAUAUUUUAUUUAGGGAAAACUAAUGACUCUAACGAAGAUAGCUCUCUUGUUAAAUUUACUUGUGAAGACAAAAAAAGCCCAACCCACAGAAGUGCUUUCUCAAUCGAUGAAUUUAAAUUAAAAUCUCUCUCUACACCUAACAAGCCAAGCCAUAAACGAACGAUAAGUGGGACUCAUGGAUACUUCACAGAGCUAAGAAAUUUUGAAAAUAAAUCGCUACCUUCAGACAACCAAAACCAAGAAUCAGUUGAAAAUUUCUUCGCAAAUAAGUACAAAAAUCAAAUGUUACCUGAUUUGUAUGAGUAUGAUGAAACACUUAUAUUAACUGACGAUGCAGAAGAUACUGUACAUACAGAUUUUCCAGAACAGAAAUCCCCACUUGGAUUGGAAGAUUUCGGAGAAAUAAUUGAAAUGAUUGAAAACAAGGAGACAGAAAAAGGCAAAAUAAAAGAUAAAAAAUUGCAGCAGCUAAAACAAAUGCUGCUUGGAAAAGUGAAAAAUAAUGCUUUGCCUAGCUCGAUAUCCUUUUCGAAAAAUGAAUUAUUAAGCACUGAUAGACUUUCCAAUCUAAUUACAUCUUCAAUUUCUUCAAAUAAUACCCAAGCUGGCCCUGGAAGCUCAAUUCUACUAAAUGAACCCAGUAUUGAGUCUCCUGAUUAUAAUCAUUUUUUUAAAGGAGCUAGCAAACCGGUUGAUAACAAAAAUAAAAUUGAAGAGAUUUUAGCUCAUGUUUGCAAGAAAAAUUCUUAUCAAAUUAACACGAUUAUACGCAAAAUAAACAACGCGAAAUGAGCGAAAAGGUUUAUUGUAGUCUUCGACAGCUCCCAAAAUGCUGACUCUUCCCCUUCAAAAUGCAAUUAUUAGGAUUAUAUAAAUUUUGAUUUAAAGAGCUAAAUUUGUUGAUAUAGAAUUCUAAUUGCACUCAACCAUUUAAAAUAUAAUAUUUUUUCGUAAAAUAUCAAAUUACCACCAAGAGAAUAUAUAUAAAAAUUAUAAUUUUUACCUAUAAAUAAAACUUUGAUCGAAUUGAAGGGGAAUUUGUCUACCAAAAAAUGAAAAUUUACAGAUAUUUUUUCUUAAAUGUUAAGGGGGAUUGAGGAUGUUGGCGUUUAUGGCAAAGAAUUUAUAAAUUUUCGAAAAAUCGACGGCAGUCAAAAUUUUCCUGAAAAUAUUUUUAAGCCGCAAAUUGAGUGUGGAUUGAUAUAUGAUGAAUCAGAGCAGCAGCUUCAAGAGAUAAAUAGUGAUGAAGAAGCAGAUGCAGUCAUCUUAUAUGAAUCUUUAAUUGCUCAAAAGUAA